CUGGGUAGUGGCUGACAUUUUUUUUAAAGAUUAUGGUUUGUUUAUACGGUUGUUCACUGUCUCCGAGCAGCUUGCCAGUUGACGUGUACUGUUAUUAGGGAGCCGUUUUUCGCUGUUGCAUUCAUGGACGGUGCUUUGCCCUGCACUGCACAACAUUAAGUGACAGAGGCCACUCUCUUAGUGGUGCUCAGGUAGCUAGAAUUGUAGUCGCAAUGUAUUUGGUUAGCUAGUCAGCACAGUAUAGCUAUCGUAAUGAUGUGACGUUGACAGGAAAGCCGACCAAGCCCUUUUCAUAACACCCAUAAGGUCGAAAAGGAGCAAAAUACAAAUGUGUCAGCGCGCUUAACUCGUUUGUAAUAUAGGCCUUUAUGUAAAGUGGGCAAGGCUAACUCGAGAGCUAAAUUAAUGUUAGCAUGGCGUCAGACACAAGUGACACGGAGGAGUUCUACGAUGCUCCAGAGGACGUACAUUUCAGCCCGUCUCCUAAAGUGUCCCCUGCCAAGUUUGCCAUUCCUUCCCCAAAGCUCUCCCGGAGAUCUGAUGACAUGUGUUGUGAAGGGGCUGCUGCUGCUGUUGUGGCUCAAGAUGAUUCCCUACAGAUUAUUGAUAGCAUCAUUGAGGAGAGUCAAAAAGAAAAUGGUUCUGCUGCUGUUGCUGAGCUAUUGGAACAACUCCAUGUUGACAUGACUGUGGAAGCCGAGUCAAAGGACGAGAGUGACAAUGCUCAGGAAAUUCCUGUGGCGCCGUCUGCUGAUGAAUCUCAUCCGAUUGAGAGACCAGCAGCUGACGAGCAACCGGAAUGUGCGGCGUCAAAUGGAGUUUGUUCUUUAUCUGCCCCCGAUCCCUCUGACCUUCCAGGACCUUCAGUUGGAACACAAGAAGGUGUUCAACCCCCGGACAUCACCAGCACAAUAGGACAGAUUCAGCCAGAUGGGGCCCUUGCACUUGCAGAAGGGGAGCAGGAGCAGAGGCCUGCUGACAUUUUAGAGCAGGUUGCGUUCACAGACAGGCCAAUAGACUCUUUAGACACAUCUGGGCCUACUAAACCACCACGGCAGUUCACGGUAGAACCAGACAUUGUAGCCAGCACCAAGAAGCCUCCACCCUCAAGACCACCGCCUCCCAGUGGAGGUCCUCCACCCAGACCACCACCGCCAUCUUGGCAGGGUCUCCCUUCCAAGAAAUCUCAGGAGUGUCUCAGACCCAGUGGGCUUGAAGUAUCUGGAGUGAGUCCAGUUAGCGGCGACCCUCUGGAACCAUCUGGUCUGAUGUCUCCAAGUAGCACUGUGAGGAGUCUGACCAGAGAGCUGCAGCACUCCUUGGAUCUAGCCAGUGCCACCAGUGGGGACAAGGUGGUGACCGCUCAGGAGAAUGAGGGUGAAGACGUAUCAUCUCAGGGUGAAGGACAAGCUCCAGGCCCCCAGCGGCCACGCUCCAACUCGGGUAGAGAGCUCACUGAUGAAGAAAUCCUGGCCAGCGUGAUGAUCAAGAACCUGGACACUGGAGAAGAGAUCCCACUUAUACAGGCAGAGGAGAAGCUUCCUGCUGGUAUCAACCCCCUCACUUUGCACAUCAUGAGGAGAACCAAGGAAUAUAUCACGAAUGAUGCAGCUCAGUCAGAUGAUGAUGACAAGUCGCAGGCUCCGCUGGCAGACACAGAUGGUGGAAAACUGAAACAGAGAACAACUCAGUUAAAGAAAUUCCUGGGCAAGUCUGUGAAAAAGGCCAAGCAUCUUGCUGAGGAAUAUGGAGAGAAGGCAGUAAACAAAGUAAAAAGUGUUCGUGAUGAAGUUUUCCACACAGAUCAGGAUGAUCCAUCCUCCAGUGAUGACGAGGGGAUGCCUUACACCAGGCCUGCCAAGUUUAAGGCAGCUCACAGUUUUAAGGGUCCUUUUGACUUUGAUCAAAUCAAGGUUGUGCAGGAUUUGAGUGGAGAGCACAUGGGGGCCGUGUGGACAAUGAAGUUCUCUCACUGUGGUCGGCUUCUAGCAACGGCUGGCCAAGACAACGUGGUUCGCAUCUGGGUCUUAAAGACUGCCUUUGACUAUUUCAAUAACAUGAGGUUGAAAUACAACACCGAAGGUCGGGUGUCACCUUCUCCAUCUCAGGAAAGCUUAUGCUCCUCCAAAUCUGACACUGAUCCUGGGGCAUGUUGUGCUCCAGAGGACCCAGACACUGAAGACAGGAAUGCUCCUUUUCGUCAAGUCCCCUUCUGCAAGUACAAAGGCCACACGGCUGAUCUAUUGGAUUUGUCCUGGUCAAAGAACUUCUUUCUGCUGUCGUCGUCCAUGGAUAAAACGGUCAGAUUAUGGCACAUAUCCAGGAGAGAGUGUCUCUGUUGCUUUCAGCACAUCGAUUUUGUCACAGCGAUCACAUUCCAUCCCAGAGACGACAGAUACUUUUUAAGUGGCUCACUGGAUGGAAAGCUGCGGCUUUGGAACAUUCCAGACAAAAAGGUGGCGCUGUGGAAUGAGGUGGAUGGUCAAACUCGCCUCAUCACUGCUGCCAACUUCUGUCAAAAUGGGAAGUAUGCAGUCAUCGGAACCUAUGACGGAAGAUGCAUCUUCUAUGACACAGAGCGUUUGAAAUAUCACACCCAAAUACACGUCAGAUCCACCAGAGGCAGGAAUAAAGUCGGACGCAAAAUCACCGGUAUUGAACCUUUACCUGGAGAGAAUAAGAUUUUGGUGACCUCAAAUGAUUCCCGUAUCCGCCUUUACGACUUGCGGGACUUGUCUCUAUCCAUGAAGUACAAGGGUUACGUCAACAGCAGCAGUCAGAUCAAAGCCAGCUUCAGCCACGACUACUCUUUUAUCGUCAGCGGCUCAGAGGAUAAAUACGUGUACAUCUGGAGCACUUACCAUGACCUGAGUAAGUUCACAUCUGUACGGCGGGACCGCAAUGACUUCUGGGAAGGGAUUAAAGCACACAACGCUGUGGUCACAUCAGCCAUUUUUGCACCUCACCCCGGUCUCAUCGUCCCACAAGAGAGUGGUGCAGAAAAACCAGAAGCAGAGUGCAAGAGCCUGGACUCCACAGAGUCUGAAAUGAUUCCCUCAGGUGCCCUUAAAACAGAUCACACUGAGGUUCUGCUAUCUGCCGACUUCACUGGAGCCAUCAAAGUGUUCAUCAAUGUGAAGAAAUACUAAACAUUUCUUUGGACCUGUCAGGUGACCACCUUCUCUCACCCAGGUGCAUCGUAAAACGAGAAAUGUGAAGGGGGGUGGGGGGUCGCAGUUCAUUUCAUCUUAAAUACCAAGCAACUGUGAGUAGUGUUGCAUUUAUAAAACGCUGUAAUUGCCAUUGUAGUGCAAAUUGUGGUUAAAGCAGAAACAAUGUGUCCAGGUGGUGUUCACUGACAACUGUAUGGUGAUCCAUGCAGAUCAUUUUUAACUCUUGCAAGACACCAUCUCCUAAGUCACACGUUUCAAUGUGUCUUGAAGUUAUGGUGAUUGUACAAAUGUUGAGUCACCGAUCAACUAUUUGUGCCUAAAAAAAAUAUCUAUAUCGCUUUUUGUAAGUGUUUAAGCCUCUCAACAUUUCCUCUGCUGUCGUUACAGGAAAUCUGUACAUGUUUAUUAUUGUUAAACGGGGCCGGUUAUCUUUAAAAUAUACUUUUCAGAAACACUACUGGCUCUACAUUUGAUACAUUUCACUAUAUUGAAAAUACUGUAGAUUUACAAUGUAACAUUGCACAUUAAUGCUUUUUGUAAGCAACUUAAUGCUCUAUUGAUGUCCUCAAUAAAAAUGCUUGUUAGUAUUUUUAA